AUGGAACUUGUGACCACCCUUUCGCAGCUGACGGUGUCAGAAAGAGAGCACGCAGAGGAGGACACAGGGUGUCCAUGUCCAAAACCAGCAAGCAACGGCGUCCCAGGGCAGCUGAGAGCUGCCGGCCGGUUAUGGCUUCCCGUCUUCUCCUCCUCCUCGCCACCUUGGCCCUUCUCUUCGUCGCAGCCGCAGGGCAGGAGGGCAACAAUAUCUCGAAGCCGUUUAAUCCGUCCUGCUCGACGUCGGACAACUACACCGACGGGCCACGGCAGCCAGUACAAGAAGAACCUGGACCAGUUCCUGGCCGCGCUCCCCACGGCGGCCGGUGACAACGGCUGGUUCUACAAGGGCAGCGCCGGGUCGGGGCCCGACGCGGUGUUCGGCCUCAUCAUGUGCUUCGCGGACCGCGACGCGUCCGAUUGCCUCUACUGUAUCUCCACGGCGUCAGCCGGGAUCACGACGGCGUGCCCGGGCAGCCGGAACGUGAGCGCGGCGUACGACGCGUGCGUCCUCCGGUACUCGGCCGCGCCGAUCCCCACCACCGCGGACCUCGGCUACGUAUUCGCCGAGCCGCUGACCCCCAUCGGCAUGCCUGUGACCUCAGAAGCUGUGCCGCACGCCUGGGUGCCGCUGAUGAUCGCCCUCUCAAGCGGCAUCGCCUUUGACACGUCGCGGAGUUUCAGAAGAAGCAUGGCGUACUCGAGCACGGGCUCGCAGGAGAUGAAGAUGUACGGGCUGGCACAGUGCACCAGGGACCUCAACGGCAGCGAGUGCUCGACCUGCAUCAGGAGCUACGCCAUCAGGCUGGGGAAGCUGUUUCCCAAUCACACGGGAUGCUCCAUCAAGGGCUACAGCUGCUACCUGCGCUACAUGGUGUCGUUCCUGAUAGACAUCACUCUGCCGCCGGCGCCACCUACGUCUUCGCCGCCAACUCCAGGUACACAUCCUCCUGCUGCGGCUUCCUUUAUCCGUUUAUCGUCAUCGACUGAUGCAGGGCAACAACGUUGA